GAGCAAUAGUUAUUUUUAAGAUCUUUUUUCUUAAAAAAUAGAAAAAAAACGAUUAAUAAAUGAUAUUGUAGUGCGUGUUUCUCGGUUUACUGUACUGUUAGUAUACGUAUGUAUAUGUAGUGAAAUAAAUGUCUGUAUACAUACAUACAUUGAAUAUAAACUUUCAGUACAUGUGUAUACCGAUGAGCAGUUUCCAUGAAUAAUUCGCGCAAGAUCACUUGAGUAAUCAUUUGAAAAAAGCGCGCCAAGUGAAUUUAUGUCUCGAAUUGUUAUUUCAACAUUAACUUCAAUUUAUUACAGGUCAUCAGAUUCUGUAACUCCAAUUAAAUUAGAACCAACAUCAGCAAUAGUUGUUAUUGGAUACAUCCCCAAUAAUUCUACAAGAUUUGCUAUUAAUUUAACAUGCCGUACAUCAGGAAAUAUUGCAUUUCAUUUCAAUCCAAGAUUAGAUAGAGGAUAUAUUGUGAGAAAUUCUAAAGUAAAAGGAUACUGGCAUGAAGAAGAAACAUGUUCACCAUACAUUUCUGCUAGCCGUCUUUUUCAACACAAUAAUUAUUUUCAUCUAAUAAUAUUUUGUUUGUCUAAAGAAUUUUACGUAUCUGUUAAUGGUCAUCAUUUCUGUACAUUUGCAUAUAGACUACCUUUAGAAUCAAUUAUCAAUUUUGAAUAUAAUGGUGAAAUUGAAGAUGUACGAUUUCGUCUUAAAACUCUCUGUAUAUACCCUGAUCCCAAAAUCAUUCAAACAUCAAAAAAAUUUCAACUUUCACAACAUCAACUUUUAACUGAAGAUCUUAAUGUACCCAUAACCGUAUCUAUUACAGAGGAAUUUCAGUGUGGCACAAGGAUAUUUAUUAAAGGACGAUUGAAAUUAUUACCUCAUUCUUUUUAUGUAAACCUUCAAAAUAGUCCAUUACUCUUUCCUCAUCCAGAUAUAGCAUUACAUUUAAAUCCACGUUUUCAAUAUGGACAUCAAACACCUUGUGUUGUUAUGAAUUGCUGGACAAAUGGAUCUUGGCAGCAUGAAGAAAGACAUGAAGGACAAUUAUCUUGGGGUCCUGGAAGAGACUUUCUUUUAACCAUACGGUGCGAAUAUGAAGGCUAUAUCAUUUGGUUGGGAAAUAAAAUGAUUGGAGAAUUUAAACAUCGAAUAAAACCUUCUGUUGUUGAUACGUUACAAAUAACUGGUGAUGUAAUGUUGUAUGAGCUUGGACUGAGCUAUGGUGGAUAAAUUAGAAUGUUCCUUCAGAAAGAUUAAGACUUAAGAAGCACUGCAAUAUUUUUUUUAUUAUUUUACUUAAGGAGAUUAAAUGAAAUUUGUUAAUAAUUAAGUGAGCAAUUUGAUCAUUUCAAGAUUGGAUUAGGUUAUUCUCAAGUCAAGAUAAAUCAAGUCUCCUAUCUCCAAUAUUUAAUGGAGUUUUUUUUUAGUGUAUAUUUUUUCUUUAUCCAAUCUUUAAGAAAUAGAUCAAAUUGCU